AUGGUUACGGAAGCGUUUAUAAAAUCGGAAUAUCCCUUGCAUUGGUGUGUGUGGAAAAACGAAUAUCAAAAUUUGGGGCAACUUUUAACUUCCAAAGAGCAUGAUAAGGAAAAAAUGGAUGUAAGAGGUAGGACUCCUUUGAUGUUAGCAGUGACAUUGGGUCAUUUAGAAUCAACUAGGACACUGUUAAAUCACGAGGCCAACGUUAAUUGUGAAAAUUUAAAUGGGUGGACAGUUGUACAAGAAGCAGUAGCAACUGGUGAUCCAGAAUUGGUACAAAUCGUUUUGGAAAGCAGGGAUUUCCAAAGAUACACCAAUAGAAUGGCAGGCAUACCAGGGUUGUUACAGAAACUCAAAGAAGCCCCAGAUUUCUAUGUUGAAAUGAAAUGGGAGUUUACCAGUUGGGUUCCAUUGGUAUCACGAAUGUGUCCAAGUGAUACAUAUAAAGUAUACAAACAAGGCUCAAGUGUUAGAAUAGACACUACAUUAUUAGGUUUUGACCACACUAGUUGGCAAAGAGGAAAUAGGAGUUACGUUUUUCAGGGACAAAAUGAUGGUGCUAUAAUGAUGGAAAUUGACCAUGAUCUCCAACAGGUUUACUGUGAACAGAUGAGGACCACAGAAGAUUCUCUUAAUAUUUUAAUGCCAAAUGAAGAGACUAUUUCUCAGCGAUUAACAACGCCUAUCGUUACCACUUAUAUUGAUACAGAAAAAAUUAGUUUUGAAAGAAAUAAGGCUGGUAUGUGGGGUUGGAGAUCAGACAAGACUGAAAUUGUGAAUAAUUAUGAUUGUAAAGUAUUUAGUGCAUCCAAUGUAGAACUAGUAACAAAAUCCAGAACGGAACACCUUACCGAGACUGACAAAGCACGUAGUAAAAACAAUAAGAAUCCGAUACAAAAUUUCCUUGGCAUUGCAGAAGUGACUGAAAGUCAAGCUACCUCACUUCUUUCAAAUGAAGAAUAUACGAAUUCCAGUAAUCCCUGCAAUAUAACUCCUGAAGAGUAUUUUGACAGAGAUAUAGAUCUCGAAGCACAGAAACGUGAUAUAGGUCGACCAAAAGAAGUUAGCGUUAAAGUACAGAAAUUCAAGGCCAAUUUAUGGCUUUGUGAAAACUAUCCUCUAUCGCUUCCAGAACAAAUUCUUCCUAUUGUCGAUCUCAUGGCCAUAUCUAGCUCUCAUUUUGCUAAACUUAAAGAUUUCAUACAGAUGCAGUUACCGUCUGGGUUUCCCGUUAAAAUUGAAAUUCCAUUAUUUCACAUAUUGAAUGCAAGGAUAACUUUCGGAAAUAUAUUCGCCACAGAUGCAGAGGUACCACAAGUCUCAAGAGUGCAGGAAGAGAAUCGACUGACUUGUAUUUUAGACGAUAACUUGUUCAAGUGUCCUUCUGGAUAUGCACAGAUUGGUCUCGAUGGACGACGGCAGUUUAGUAUGGAGGAAGAAGAUGAUCUGUUACAAUUUGCUAUUCAGCAAAGUCUUAUAGAUGCAGGAACAGAAACAGAAGAAGUUGACAUAUGGGAGGCUUUAAAGGCUCAAAAGCCUUCAAGACCCGAAACGCCGAAUUUUAUUGGAGAAGAGGAACGGCAGUUACAGAGAGCAAUCCAGGCCAGUUUAGAGCUUUGCCACCAGAGUGAACAACCAUUAGCUGGUUUAGAUCAACCUAUUGUCAACAGUGAUAGUUCAGACCAAGAUUCCGAUCUACAUCUUGCUCUUCUCCUCUCCCAGCAAGAAGAGGAGAAAAAGAGACAGAGGGAAGAACAUGAGAGAUUGGAAGAACAAAAAUUAUUAGCGGAAAUAAUGGAAUUAUCACUCAAAGAAAAAUAA